AAUGUGCAUGUGCGACAGUGUGACUUGACUUUUGAGUUUACAUUUUGCUGCAUUUUACACACUUUAGACUUUACUUGACUGUUUCAGAAACAUACUUAUCUUAUUGAUAAACAACAACAACAAAUUGUAAGAUCCGUAUCAAACCUUUGACAAGAAAAGUACCGAAUGGCUGAUGAAGAAUAUGACGGGGAAGAUGCGGGGGGUGAUUAUGAUGAUAUAGUAGAAGAAGAUAAUAAUAUCGAGGAAGCGGAGGAACAAGAGGAAGAUGGAUAUAACGUUCAGUGCCUUGCACCUGGUCAAGCUGGUGGUGGUGUGGAGAAGUCAAAAAGAAUAACGACAAGAUACAUGACCAAAUAUGAAAGAGCUCGAGUAUUGGGUACAAGAGCAUUACAAAUUGCUAUGUGUGCACCAGUUAUGGUAGAGUUGGAAGGAGAAACUGAUCCACUUCAAAUUGCAAUGAAAGAAUUGAAACAGAGAAAAAUACCAAUUAUUAUUAGGAGAUACUUACCUGAUCAUUCCUAUGAGGAUUGGAGUAUAGAUGAAUUGAUCAUAAUAGAUCAUUAAUAAAAAUUAGAUGUUAUUUCAUAUAAUAUAAGGACAAUUAUUCUUCUUUAAUAAAGAUAUUUUUACAGUUU